AAAACACCAAGUGGGGGGGAAAAACGUUCAGUGUCGUGAAUAACAUUGGGUCGAAGUCGUCAUAAUCUUGCGGUACUGCGCCACUCGGAAAUCUUAACUUCGGAAUCUCGGAAUCUUAAUAAUAUGGACAACAACAACGCCACCAGAAUGGAGUUUUGUGAAGAUUUGAGGCAAAUACAAGCCAUUUUGUGGAGCACCAACCGGUCUGUCCGUUCAUUCAGCAAGAUCCUCUUUAAUACCGGAAACGAACAGUACAUUACAGAGAUUGUUGCCCAGUUGUUGCGGUACUUGCGUCAGCAGAAUUAUCUUGACGCGGCCAAUAAAGUCAUUCCUCAACAUGCAGCGCAGCUCCGCAAGAUCGCAAUGUACCUGUUUUUGAACACGGAUGCUUCGUUCCUGUACGAUUUGAACCAAGAUGGGCGUGUUGGGCAGCUGCUCUGCACGGCUCCACAGCUCAGCAAGUGUUUACUACUUAACUGCAUCUGGGACCUUAAUCUUGAUCGCUUCCUGUACGAAAUGGUAUCAUACUCGCCACUUUGGUUCUCGACGCAGUUUCUCCACCAGACCGUGACCAGUCUUAAGUACGCGAAACCGUUCAAGCAGCUCGAGCGGGUUGAGGCGCUAGUACGAUCGAUGAAUCUGGCAAUCUACCGUACCGAUCGGGAUUGGUGCAGAAUUUAUUUGCGGCGAUUCGAACCCCAUGAACAAAUAAUUGAUCGUACUGUUGAAAAUAUAAGCGAAUGCUUAUACUUUGUUAAUACACCAGACCCGUCAAAGUUCAACGAUUGGUCGGCUGAUAGAAAGCAUCUUUACUCCUACUAUGUAAUGAAGCGCCUCUUGAGAAUGACUAUCGCGUGUCUGAAGACGUUUACGGGUGAGCCACCAGAUGCUCUUCCAGAUAGUGAGACGCUGGCGAUGUUCAAUCUGUUUGAGGAGAACCGAAACUCGAUAACAGUUUGGUCAACCGCCCCAGAAUUAACAUCAGCCAUUCGGAAGAGGAUGAUGACGAUCAACAACUUAGCAUUCACUACGCUGGAAGCCCACGUCUCGCGCAUCAGCGAUGAAUGCCGUCAUCACUGGUUCAUUACGAAAGUGUUUAGCAAGUUUUACGGUGAGCAGGUCGAUCUAUCACGGGUAAUCCUGGAAUCUAGCUACUGGCUCACUUGGCAGGCGUGGUCUAUGCAAGAAUAUCGUAACCAUAGAAUUGGUUACGUGCUGGGCGACUUAGCUAUGACACCAAUGUCGUAUCGGCCAUUUGUGCUUAAGGCAAAUGCAAUGGAUCUCAAGCUGUUAAUGUUGAAGAUCGAUCGUACUGCUAUGAAGGACGAGCGGUACUUUUACUUUAAUUCAUUCAUGAAACGUAAAAAGCAAGUGUUUGGUAACGUAGAGUGUUUGGCAUUUGUAGAGCGACAUUUGUUGUUGGUGAAUGGCGACCAUGUCCGGAUGAUGAUUGAAUACGACACGAGUGAAACCGAUGCCAACGAGUAUCUGUAUGGAGAGGACGAGUUACCGGACAAACGUGUCAAGCUUCGUAAGCUCAUCCUGCAGCUUAUCCCGGAAAUGCGGCCGGAUAGUUUUGGCGAACUCGUCGAAUUCAUGAUAAAGACUUUCGGGAGAGACUAUGUGCGCUAUCAGCAGCCCAAUUUUAUGUUCGAAAUAGAUGAAUUUCUGCUGAACUACUUGCAGUCGAACCCCGUCGGGUUUUUGAACCCGAAGACUGUGCGGUUGUUCGUGUUUCAAUCGCCCCACAUAUUCUUCUCCUCGCUCAUACGACUGUUGUAUAAUACGGGAUGGGUGCAGAGCGAAUACUAUGUUGAUAUCGCCAUCAUGGUUUUUUCGACGCAUCGAAAGAUCGCGCAAUACUAUAUUGCCGAAUACACUGAGGCACUCUUGUGUGAUGAUUUUGAUUCGAGACUGAAUGCUACACUUUGUAUUAUGACUCGUUGUUUGUACGAACGUAAACUGAUUGAUGAGGAACACUUCAUCGAAUAUUUUCUACUGCGUGUCGUGAAAGAUGCGUGCAAAAAUCGUGAACACGGCGCACUGCAUAAACUGUUGACACGGUUCGCGCAUCUAUGGCCGGACCUGGUGACCGUGUACAAUCCAGCAAAACCAAAUGGGAAUCGUAUAUUUCACUUGGCUAUCGCAAUUGGUUUAGCUGAACUAAUCCCUGGUCUGCGUAAUGAUAAGUACCAUCACAAGGAGGAGAGGCAUCUGGUGGAUCAUACGUAUCACCACGAGGAGGACAGCCAACCGGUGGAUCCAAUUGACCUUGUUACGAUGAUCAUCGAGUUACUCGAGCCGACGCUCGAUCGCCUUCGAAGUUUUAGCUCUGCCGAAGAGCUGCGAGAGAUAUUGACAAAGAUGACGGUGGAACCGUUAUCUACCCAGUAUUACUUUCAAAAACAUUUUGUUAUAAAGGCGACGGGUGCACCGUCCCUCUCGUUUGCUGCCUUUAUGUACCAGGAUGAACUGCGGCCUCCAGUGGAUGACGAACGCAUCACCACAUUCCUAGUGCAGUUGCUUCCACAAUGCACCUUGACGGAGGCAGUAGGUUUGGCGCAAGACGACAUGCUUAAAGCACAUCUUUUCGAUGCCCUCGCUACGUUAAUAGACACGUUGGUCGAAAAACAGCCAAGUAGCUACAACAGUUUGGGGCACCGUCUCGCAAACCAUAUACUUGGCUUGGCGAAGAUUUUGCUACCUACCGCCAAUACCAAUGAGGAGCGCAACGCCUGGGUGAAAACUUUGCGUCAUCUGUUUCAGCGCCUGCCUAACGAAGUGUGGCAGGUUGAAGCCUUUAUCCUUCAUUUGCAGGCCUCUUAUCGGUUGAUACACAACAACGACAACGAUGUUGACCUCGAAUUGCUACAAAGUUACUUUAAUCAGCAUACGCAUUAGCAUUAGCAUAUCCUGCUGGCUACUGAACUACGUUACAGAGAGCUGUUGGAUUAAAAUUGGAGCUGCUGUCGUGAAUACGUGCAUCGA